CGUUAGCCUAUGUUAGCCUUUACCUCACGUUAGCCGCCGCUCCCCUUUUGUGUAGGUUUAAGAAAAGAUUAUCAGAGAAAACAAUUCAAAGAGAGGUUGGAAUAAAGAGCUGGGGACAUCGGACUACUUUAGCUACUCACUUUAGCCUCACCCAUGGACGACAACGGUUGAAUUCUGGAAGAGAACUUUUGACGACGGUGCAGACUAUGGACGAAUACAUAGAAGGGGGUUUCAUGACGCAAAAUAUCUACAGCGAAAAGAAUCAAUAGCAAUGUCAGGAAGAAGGUUUUUCUCAUUCCUGAAGCGCAUGCCUUCGACAAAGAGCAAGAUAGAGGAAAGUAAGGCCAAAAUAUGGGGGCGAAGGGUGGUAUCGGGGACAUUGAUUUGUGUGACAGGAGGUGUUGCUCUUAGUGCACUUCAGGAUCUUUCAAUUUAUCACAGUUGUAGCAGCAAGGCCUUAGAGAAAGCUAGUAAGAACAAGGCCAUAAUAGAGUCUAUUGGAGUUCCCAUUGUCAGAGGACCAUGGUAUAAUGCAUCUUUGGGAGUGUCUCACCUAAGGCAUUCUGUAUCCUGCUCAUUUCCCGUUUCGGGUCCACAAGGGUCUGGGAUCAUUCAGUUAAAGGCAGUUUGUAAUGGAGAUGAUACAUGGAUUUCAUUUUUCUGGCCUUGUAAUUGGGAAAUCCUCAUUAUGGAAGCUCUCGUCCAUGUCCCUGGAAAGGAAGAGAAGCAGCAAACGUUUCGAAUAACUGUUUCGGAUGAUGUGCCCCCUCCAACAGCUUGCGUUGCAUGCACGGGUUUAGCGUCCAAAAAAACGGAUAGUUUGGAUAAGAAGUAGCAUUGAGCAUCCGUCUUGCAAUUGCCAUUUUUGUCCAUUUCACCUCCACGAGGUUUGAUUCCAUUGAGAAGUAUAGUGAAUAUUAGGGUUACAAAACAAAUUUCUUUUUUUUUUUAAAUAAAAUUUUGUGACAUCC